CACAGGUGAGCCGUCAAAUCCGGAAGUAAACGCCAUAUUCUAAUGUUAUUGUUUUUGUUUCGUAUAAACGCCCAGAAUUAACUUUUCACACAGACUAAGUAGAUGCCAGAGAGGGGCAGAUACCAACCGAGGAGAGAUGCGUAUGCAGAUUACAAGAGUGGAGACAAGGAUUCCCCUCACAGCGUGGAGCAUUUCAAUAAAUAUGACAGCAGAGAUCACAAAGAAAAGCCCAGACUCGCUGGCGAGAGAGGCUCUGCUGGUGACAGGAGGCCCAGACAGAGGGACAUGACAAAUCCCUCUCAACCUGCUUUCACAGACCACCAUCAUCAAGGACCCUCAACACUAUAUGGACAGCCUUCAGUGUAUUCCUCUGAUGAUGAAUAUCAUGAGCGACAACCCAGAGAAGCUCUUUACAAUCUUCGAUAUAUCCUCACCAGCCGAGGCCUUUGCCAGCUGAUGGAGGUGUUUGUCAAUCUUCUCAUCAUCAUCUGCGCCGGCGUGCCUCACAGCAACAAUGGCGGCUACCGCGACCUCGCCAGCUUGGGCGGCGUCUACCACUAUUACUUCGGGGGAGCUGGUGCCUUCCAAGGUGCCGAAGCAGACCGUGUGAAGGAGCUGGACAGGUUGUUCCAUGAGCUCAAGAAGCCUCCAUACGCCUUUGCAAUGGCGUGCGGCGGGAUAGUCAUGAUCUACGCCCUGGCCAUGCUCGCCCUGGGUAUUUUCCGAGUGCCAUACCGCUACCCGCCCGUGCUCUUGGGAGAAGCUCUGGUCAACCUUCUCAUCGGUUUGGGCUACAUCGCCGCGCUGGCUUUCUUCUUUAUCAAACUGCAGGAGAACUACAACAACCCCAUCUGUCAGGAGAGGGAGCGCAUGUACAAGAGCAAAGGUCACAAGGGCUUCGAGUGCAAGUUUCACGGCGCGGACAUUGCCGGGGGUCUCUUUGGCGUGCUGGGUGUCUUUGUGUUCAUCUUCGGGGCCGUGUUGGCCGUCAGAGCUUUCCGCACUGUGCGGGAAAUGAAGAAACAAAAUAACAAUCCGAAUGAUCGCUUUUGAGGACAGUUGGAGCAAAACUUGGACUGUUUGGGAAAACAAUGAAUCUGGGAACCUAGACCCACGUUUUGAACUACAAUUAGUGUUCCCGCAAUUAUUCACAUUGGAUAGGGACAAAGAAAUAGUCGAAAAUAAUCUUCAAAACAGAGGCUCCAAGCUGUUUAUUGCCACUCUCGGCUGAAGGUUAUUGUCGAACUCUACAUGAAACAAAGCAAAGUACAUAUUGUGUAUUCAAAACAACUGCAUAGUCUCCGCUGUCUUAAUGCUAACAUUCAAUGGGAAACUCCAUCCAUCGGCGCACAUGCUGACAGUUAGCAUCUGUGACAGUGUUGCUGUCCUUUGAUUAAGCACAGGAUAUAUGAUAACAAACAGUGCAGUAACACAUGUAGACAGAUAACAAACUCACAAACAUAUUUUUUCCACUGUGAAGAGCAAGGAAUAUCACCGCCGUAUCGAGAGGCCGAGAGAGGAGCUGAGCCUCCAGUGCAGUACUCUAUAGCAUAUACUAUAAUAUACAUAUAAUAUACUCCCUCCAGGUGGCCAAGGCGUACACAACCUAUUUUUUCUCAUUCAGAAACACAUUUGUUUUGUUUUGGGGGAAAUGAUUGAUGGCAUUUUCAUUCAUUUGAUGAAAGAUGAUAUGUGCAUGCUCACGGAACAAAUUAAACGGUCUCUCAAGGCACCUCUGUAGUUUCUUGGCACCAAGAUGCAAUAAAAUGAUGCCAAGCAAUACAUUUAUAUUAGCUUUGCACAGUAGCUAAAAGGCAGGUGAACACAGUAGUCUGUCAUGUAUUAUUUGGGGCUUUUUUUAUUUUUAGCAU